UUACCUGCGAAAAAAAUAGGGGUGCGACAGUGGAAAAUUUCUAAUUAUUUGAUUAAACACCCUAAAUUGUACACAUGUACUGUGUAAUUAUCUAAGAAAUAUACGCAACAACAACAACAACGAUUUUGAAAUAAAAUGUACAAGCCGAUGAUCCUAUCAUUCGCAAAAUGCAGGAAAAAAUGUUAUUAAAAGUGAACGGAACGAUUCGAAAUUACGGGAUUAACUCGAGUGCGAAGAUUUUAAAUUUACGGUCGAAAAAUAUUUCGGAUGUGAAAUUAAUAUCGAAAUAUUGUGCGACGAAGAGAAAUUAUCGAUCUUGUAGUGGAAAUGUUUAUGGAUGGAGUAGAAAAAUGUGGAAUGAACGAGAGGAAAUUGGGAGGAAAUCUUUUGGGACGUCGACGAUCCUACCGGAAAUGCCCGAACCUCGGGGAUUACCCCUGGUCGGUACAACUUUUUCGCUAAUUCGCGCUGGCGGUGCGACAAAACUUCACGAAUACGUAGAUCAGAGGCACAAAGAAUUGGGACCCGUUUACAGGGAACGGAUGAUGGCAGUCGAGGCGAUUUUCGUCAGCUCGCCGACGGAAUUUAGGAGGAUUUUUCGCCUCGAGGGAUCGAAGCCUAAAAAUUUUUUACCCCAUGCCUGGAUUCUCUAUAAUAAGAUGCGGAAAUGCGAGCGGGGCUUGCUUUUCAUGGAGGGUGACGAGUGGUUGAGCUUUCGCAGGAUAAUGAACAAAUUAUUACUGAAAUCAGAUUCCGACGAUUUUAUGAUAACGCCUUGUAAACAAGCCGCGGAAACUUUGGUCGAAGAUUUCAGAACUUACGCUGUAAAAGGUUUGCCGGUUUCAGAGCUCGAAAGAAAAUUGUACCAAUGGUCGAUCGAAGUCAUGCUCGCCAUUCUCGUCGGUUCAACGUGGCCUCGGCACAAAUCUGAAAUAUUAUUACGGACGGAAAAAUUGGCGAUCAAUUUGCACAACAUAUUCAAAUACUCGGCUCAGCUUUCACUGCUACCGGCAAAAUUGGCCAUGAACUUGAAACUUCCUUCUUGGACCAAAUUCGUAGCAUCGGCAGACUUCGCGCUCAACAUUCUGCGAGUUACGGUCAAAGAGAUGAUAAAAUUGAAGGGAAACGGUUUGAUCGAGAUGCUCAUGAACGAGGGAAUCCUGGAGGAUGAUCUAGUCAGGAUCGUCGUCGAUUUAAUUCUCGCGGCCGGCGAUACGACAGCACAUUCGAUGCAGUGGGCACUUUUCCUCUUGGGAAGUAAUCGGAGUGUUCAGGAAGAGUUGUUCGAGAAAUUGAAAGGGGCGAAGGGCGAGAGCGCGGUGGAAAAAGGGGUUUUAAAAGGAGCGAUGAAGGAAUCGUUGAGACUUUAUCCGACGGCUCCUUUUCUCACGCGAUGUUUGCCCGAAGACAGUGUCGUGGGAGGAUAUCACGUCGGCAAAGGGCGUCUGAUUCUGAUGUCGUUAUACACGAGCGGACGUGACGAUCGAAAUUUUACAAAUGCGGAAACGUUUUCCCCGGAACGUUGGUCGAGAAACGAGAAGGGCGAUUAUAAGGGUGUCCUAAAUCCGCACGCUUCUCUACCAUUUGCAAUGGGCGCCAGAGCUUGCGUCGGGCAAAAACUAGCCGAGGCUCAACUGACGUUGACGAUGGCUGAGAUGAUGAAAGCAUUCCGUAUCGAAUGUAUCAACCGAGAUCGUCGUUUAGGGAAUAUUAUAGGUAAAGGUACGGAACACUGCGAAGGCUGGAAACGGGUUGUUUUUUCUUUUUUGGGCAAAAACGUGAAAAUAUUUUAUCCUCAUUAA